AUAAUUUUAUAGCUUGGAUUUAGCUUAUUUCUUCUUGGCUGAUACCUUAAUUCUUCUGAGUGAAGCUUUAGCUUCUCAGGAGGGGUUAUAUAUAGGCUACCAGGCUAGAAGCCUUAGCAACAGAGAGGAGAUGGCAGGCAGUGGUAAAGGCAAAAGCUUUGCUGUAACACUUUAAGCCCAUUAAUUUCUCAGUCGCCAAGGGAAACGAUGCCUUGUUCCUCAUCACCAGUGGAUUUGGCAAAUUAGACAGGAAGGAAAGGCAGAAAAAGAACAAAACCCACCUGACUAUAGUGCCUGGAUGUCUGCUGGCAGUUUGGCUCUGCUGAGAAGCAAGAAAUUGAUAUUUGGGAAGGAGGAAAAGCUUCAGUUUCUGAGACAAUGGAACGAGCCAUUGUGGGUAUUGAAGAUUUGGUAACUUGGUGAACCAAACAUGACUUGAAGAGUUUCAUCUACAGUAUCUUCUCCUCUGUCAAAGCCCUUUGCAUAUCCUUCUUCAUAGAGGCUGAAUUUCUUUCUGGUGGAAUUUUUUUGGUCAUCUAAGAGAAGAUCUGGAUGAUGGACACAGGAUUGAAAUCUAUUGUACAAUAGGAUUCUUCAAGCUCUAAAGACUUGGCCUUUCUGGAAAUUAUCAUCAACUUCUGUGGCUAUCUAAUUUAUCCUGAAUUUGUUAGACCAUUUCCAUCCCCAUUCCUACCCUUUUCCCAUCCACCAAACAUCCCAUCUCUGAUGAUUGCAAUGCACUGGACAUUGCUUUGCCUCAUCUUUUCCCCACUACGGAUAGCUUCUGAACAUGGCUUACCCAAAUUUAUCUGCAGUCCUAUGCCAUUGGAUAUCGAUAAUGGUUGCCAGUCAAAUGGCCAUCAACGACAUGGAGGUGCAGCUAAUGGUGCAGGCAAUGGCCAUAGGGUGGGGACUCUAGAAGAAGCUAAGGAAACCAUCCUGCAUCUGCGGGAGACAGUGGUGCAUCAAAAGGAAAUGAUCCUUGACCAGAGAGAGACUGUGAGAGAACUGACAGCCAAACUGAGCCGCUGUGAAACCCAUUCCCGGAGGCAUAGUGAGCACCAUGGAAAUCAUCAGGAAGAGAAUCAUAACCAUAAGCAUGGCCAUCACGAAGGUGGGCAUCGGGACUAUCAUGAUAAUAGUCAAAGGGGACAUCAUGAAGAUGCCCACCAGUCUCACCAUGAAGAUGGCCAUAGGGGACACCGUGACACUGGCCAUCAAGAUCUUCAUGAAGGCCACCAUGCCCAUGAGAAUGAGCAUCAUCAAACUGCACAACCUGGGAACCACGAACCACGGGUCAGGCACAACACACAUGAUUCUUCUCACAAGGGACCUACAUCUGCUCAAGUUAAUGCUGUGGAAGAUCCACCCAAUGAGGCAUCUGCUGCAAUACAUCAGAUGGAGAGAAUGCUGAAGUCCCUGAAGGAGAGACUGGAAUAUUUACAGCACAAUUGGAAUAGUUCAACCUUCUCUACAUCCACGUGGGAUGCUCUUCAGGAAAAGAUCACCUUGUUGGAGCACCAGAUCCAUGAGAAAACCAACACUUCAGAACAUCAGACACACAGUGUACCAAAAUCAAAAGGGAUGAGACAGAAGCAUGUUUCACAUGGACGCACGAUGGAGACUAAACUUGAUCUUCCAGGGAACAAGGCAGAUAAGCAUUCCGAACAUUUUCAUGUGGAUUUCCCCCUUCGCACAAACUACAUGUAUAUCAAGAUCAAGCACACUCUACAACGUGAAAUCUUUGCCUUUUCCAUCUGUCUCUGGCUCAAGUCAACUUCAUCCCCAGGGAUAGGGACACCUUUCUCCUACUCAGUGCCCAACCAAGCCAAUGAAGUAGUGCUUAUUCAAUGGGGAAAUAACCCCAUGGAGUUGCUCAUCAAUGAUAAGGUUGCCACCCUGCCAUUGGCUGUUAAUGAUGCCAAAUGGCACCACAUCUGUGUGACGUGGUCAACUCGGCACGGCAUCUGGAAAUCUUACCAGGAUGGUGUCCAAAGAGGGAGUGGGGAGAAUCUGGCUCCUUGGCAUCCUGUGAAACCUGGCGGUGUUUUCAUACUAGGCCAGGAGCAGGACACUCUUGGUGGCCGCUUUGAUGCCACUCAAGCUUUCAUUGGGGAAAUGUCAGAUUUCAACAUGUGGAGCUAUAUUGUGACACCUGCUGAAAUUUAUAAGAUGGCAACCUGCAGUAGCUCCAUUGGCGGUGAUCUUAUUAAUUGGACUGAAAACACUAUAGAACUUCAUAGAGGAGUGAUCAAACUACCAUAUAAUGCCUGCCACUAAGAAUCAACCAAAGAAACAUGGACAUAACAUUCUCUCGGAGAGAAAGAUACCUAAUGGUUAAAGGCAAAGCACGGGAGGAUCUUAAGAUUUAUUUCAUACAGUAAUAGAAAGGGUUGGGAAAUCAACAUUUCUGUGUUCCUUGACAAAAGAAUGGCGGUCCUUCAUGUUUGGCAAAUGUGCAACAAAAAGAAAGUGGUUAUGUAUGCAGCAUCUAAUGGCAGGAAAAUCUUAAGAUUCAGAAAUACAGUGAAGUAUAGUUUGGAAUAAAUGCUUUAUGAAGCUGAACUAUUUUCAAUUAAGAAACAUUUCCCACAUGAUAAACCUAUGUAUUGGGAUUUUCUUAACGUAGCAGCAGGAGCAAAAUAUAAAAUUCCUCAUGAUAACAAUAUGGCCAAUAGGGCACUUCAUUCUCAAGGCCUUGAUGUGUAACACUGAUCCACUAGGAAAAUACUUAUGGUAGGUCAAAAUCCUUUUUUUGACUAGGUGUUUUCUACUUUUUGGAUAUUCAAGAGGAAUGGGAAAAAGAAUUUGUUAAUAUUUUUUUCCAGAAUCUUUUUCCUGAAUGUUUUCUUUAGAUAAAUAGAUCAAUACCUUACCAGGUAAAUUGGUUGGAUAAUGCCUGACUGUUAUCUGCUUUAAUUUUUUUGUAUUAUGUAUUUUAUUUAUGUAAGCUUCCUAGUCAUUAUGUGAGAUGAGCACUAUAAUAACCAAUCACAAUCUCAAAAGAUUUUCAGAUUCAUUCAUCAAUCAUCUACCAUGUAAGUUCUGCACACAAGAAUAGUGAAUG